CAUUGGCUCACGUGUCGUGGCAUGCCAACUCAUUGAACAGCGAUACUAGUCGAACGUUACGGACAGAAGUGCACGUAAAUUAAUUGUAUUAUUCUAACAAUUAAAGUGGAAUGUAUGUUUAUGGUAUUUUUAAUUAUAAAAUGUAAAAGUGUAAAGUUUACGAACAGCCAGUUUUUUUUUAUUAAAAACAAUUAAUUCUGUACUGUGCUGUUUAUAAGUUCAGACAUUGCAAUGUAAUAAAUAAGUGUGAAUGCCACAUAGGUGCGGAGUUCUAGAUAAAUAAUGGUGUUCCUCUAGGAUAUAGGUCCGCAGUCAUAACACGGACGGCCCGUACUUCGUGACGUCGACGAAACUGUCGUUCCAUUUCGAGACGGUGCCCAAACACGUCGCGCUGUUCUUCGAGAAGUCCAAGGACGGCCACGUGAGCCCCGUCAAGAACGUGGACAUCGUGGCUCCACCUACAGCCUCGCCGUCAACGAGAAUGGUGCCCUAUUCCUGUUUGAGCAAACAAAGAAAACCGAAGAAGCAAACAUGUGCCCCAAACCAGAGCAUGAUCUUACUGGCUGUAACAUUCGCAGCAUGGGCACGAGUACUCAAUACUGUACUAACACUUCAAUAGUGCUGACGGCGGACGACUCCGUGAUAGCGUGGGGCGUCUCGCCCACCUACGGAGAACUGGACACGGGUGAGAUCGCCAAGUCAAUUGUGCGGCCCAAGGAAGUGACGAAAAUGGAGGGCAUGAACAUUACCCAAGUCACUAUGGGCUUCUCCCACACGUUACUACUGUGCGACGACUCCACCGAGGAGGUGAAGCAGAAACUGGCCGCUAUGCCAGCGUUUGAGCCGUAAACAGGCAGCGGUUGUGCGCCGCCGGAAGGUCGCUGCGGUGGCACUGGGCCGAGCCAGCCUGAGGUCGGCCGCCGCGGCCUUCGGCCCGAACUGGCCCGAACGGGAGAAGGUAAGGCUGAACGCUCACUGUAAGACUGUUUCUUCUACAGUGUGUUAAAACAUUUCGUAUACUUACCAGUGUUUGUGUAUAUUACACUAUCAAAUAUAUAAGGUCGUGUGUAAGUGGGUUUGUCCAUUUAAUAAGUUCAUAAUAUAAUUAAAAUAUCAUUUAGAUAGGUAUGUUAUAAAUGUGUCAGGAUGGAGUGUCUCUCUGGCAACGUGUCACCAGAACAGACAACUUUAUAUUCUCGUCGGAGUGAAUUUUACCCCCCGAGGGAGAUUUUGUAUAAAAGUCGCCCGCAUGAGCACACCACUAUCUUAAAAGGGUUUAAUAUAGCAGUGAAAUUACAGAGUAUAGAGGCAUAACAUCGUACCUCACAUAUAUUUAAUUCGUUAAUUUGAGCAUAAAUAGAAAUAGCAAAAUAUAAUUACAGGCAACACCGAAAAAAUAAGCGUAUACUAACAGCUGGCGGGCCAAUAGUUAGGUCAAUUUGUUUCUUGCCAUUUGACACUCCAUCUUGAGAUUAUUUUUUACUAAUAUAGUAUGCACCAUUUUUAUUUGCUUUGAAUUUGCUUUUUUAUUUUUAUAAAAUAGGUAUAAAAGAAAUCAGGUUAAACGGUUUCAUUGUAAAGGGGCAUAAUAAUGAUGCGGAUAGUGUAUUGGAAGCUAAAUAUUUAGGCAGACACCAGGCGCCAGUCACCACACCACUCGCCAGCGUCAGACAACUGCUGACUGCUGUGACCAUUCCUCUCUUGCUUCAUUCGAUAUUUCGCCAGAGCCUACAGCCGCGCAAGCGACCCUGUUCAUAUGUACAACUGUUUCAAUGAAUAUUUGAGAGUGCUGCUUCUAUCCGAUCUGCUCUUCUUUUGAAUACUACUUAAUAAGCAUUACACUGCAAUAGUACAGUUUGAGUGAUAUGAGGGCGCGUCCAGAUAUGAACUAGGCGUGGCUGAUAUAUCUAUAUAUGGGGUUUCUCUGGACAUUGAUGGCGGGAUGAAGGCUAUCAUUCAUUUCGUACCAGUACGAACAACCUGUAUAUGUACCAGCGGCAAUACAUAGUACAAGGUAUGCAUAAACCUAUUAUUAUGUAAUUUCGUUGGUACAAAUAUAAAUUGUCUUUUUUUUUGGAGAUUUUUUUAGUUUUUAUAAUAUAAAAAUGUUUUCGAGGGAAAAUAAGACCUUAUUGAUUAAUACCAACACCGGUUUUAAGGCAUGGUAUACGUUAAUAAACACGCUAUAUAUCGCCCGUGGCUAGUUUGAUCAUUUCGUCGUGUCAUAGGUUGUAAUGUGUGUGUGACGUCACUAUGUUUGAGCGUUCUCAUCUCAGGACGCUGCUCGGCGCUCUUAGAGAAGUGGCCGACGAAUCGGUCUGUAGACACUGUGGAGGGCAGUGGCGGGGGAGGACCGUCGUUGUGCACGAACAAGGGUCCGUCUAAACACUUUAUAGCAGCAGACGUUCAGGUGGCGCUGCAGUAGCAGAUGGGUACAUUUUAAAGACAGGAAAGCAGAACUUCCGCUUUUUAAUGGUGCAAUUUUCCAAAAAACAAACCUGAAAUAAAUAAACAGGGGCAUGAAGUAUAAUUCAUGUUAUGUCAAAUAUCACUGCUAAACUAAUACAUAUGAAAGUAUUCAACUGUACUAAUUUCACGUGAUCAAAAACUGCUAAAUUAAUUUCACACCCCGUUGCUACUCUACCGCCACUCGGGAGGGAUCCGGACCUGUUCGCCCAUACGUGAUAGUCCCCUUUAUAUCCCCCCUCUGCAGUGGAUACUGCUGCCUUACACAGUGGAUACAUUUUGUAUUGCUGCCUUACACAGGAGUACACCGGCAUAUUCGCUCGUCACUUUUCUAACAGAGCCGCUGUUUACCAUAUAGAGCCAUCUAUCGAGAUAUUUCGGUUUUAAAUAUGAGAUGCAUCCACUACGUCACAAAAAUGAAUUUUAUUUUAGUAUCAUUAGUUUAUUAUUAAGCAGUGAACUCGCACGUUUUUUUUUAAACGCAGCCUGUGUCGCUGUUGUUGAGGUCGAUUCUGAGGCGAUAAAAUUAAAAUUUCAAUAUCUUUGUUCUAUGGAUUAAUAUAAACUGAAUUUCUAGUAUAUUUAAGUCAAAAUUGAGUUAAAAUAUUUGGUUAAGAGAUAGUUUUAUAGAGACGUCACCUCGGAAUUGACCACAAUGUACUUUAUGUACUCGUAGGUUAAAUAUUUUAAACGUCUGUUAAGUAGUUUGUUUGUUUGUAACACUUUGUUGUUCAGUAAAUCUUAAAUUAUAGAAUACAGAGUUCUUACGAAUAGAACGAGUAUCAUGGCGCAUUCAUCCCAUAGUUUUCAUCUAUUACAAAUAAACAUACAAAAUUUAAUUGGUUGAGGAUUAAGACCGCAAUGCGAAUACCAUCACCUUUCGGUUCUGUCUGUAUUUUAAACAGCAACAUAUUUCUAAAUUUAUUUAUAAAUGACUUUAUUUAAAAUAAAUUUUACCCCAAGUCACUGACAAUGUAGCUUUUCAAUCGAGAAAGAAGUUUUAAAAUCGGUUUGAGUUUAUCCGUUAUAAACAAAUAAACAAACAUACUUAACAUCGAAUCUUUAGUUUUUACAACAUUAGUUUAGAGAAUAGGAUAAUUAAAUAAUAAGUGGCGGCGGAGAGCUCGUUCUCAACUGUGUUUUUAUGAAUGAAUGAAUGCAUAAAUGAGUGAGUGAUUGAAUGAAUAAAUUUAAUUCUGAGCCCGGUGCAAUGUCACAAAACUUGUAUCAUUCUGCCUUUGAAUGCAUAUUCGCUACAACUGUGGACGCAUGGAUGGAUUUAUACGGUAUUUUUGUAAUGAAUGAAUAAGAAUGUAAUGGCGGAAUGAUCACAUAAUUAGAAUUAGAUAAAUUAGAAUAAUUGAUUCGUUUACGUCACAUAUUAUGAAUGGAGCGGUUUAGAUUAGGAGAGUUCACACUGUCACUCACUAGUGUCCCCACACUCUAGUGAGUGACAGUGUGUCCACACGUCGCAAUCGGCUGUCAAUUUUCAAAAAUAAUUUAAUAAUAUUCAACGUCCUUGAUUGUUUUUUUGUUUAUUUUUAAUUUCACUAGCGGAGCGUUUUUAAACCAUCAAUCAGAUACACUGAAGAAUGUUCAAUUGUUUUUGAAAAUUAACAGAUAACUGCGACGUCGCCACCCUCCUUUAAUGGACGCUUGUAAAAGCGUUCGCAUUUUAGCCCACCGAUUGAAUGACCGGCAAUAAUAAUCAAAAACAUUGAAAAAGAUUAUUCAAUGUUUUUGAUUGAUUAUUUAAACAGUGCUCUGAUAACGAAGUAAAAUGUUGAUCGUACAAUAAUAUUCCUAUUGCCCGCCACUGUUUUCAGUAGCAGGUUUAUAUGGAACUUGUUUCGUGAUUGACGUCAUUAAAUUCGCUAGCAGAGGACUUUUCAAUAUCAGUCAGAAAUAUUGAAAGUGGUUAUUUUUUUUUAAUUGACAGUAAAUUUGGAAAAGCGAAAGCAUGAACGGUAGUAAUAAUAAUUUUGUAACACAUACAUUACAAUGUUACGACACGACGAAAUGUUUACAUGUAGACGCGCCCUAAUACACGCCAUUACUAUCCGGGAUUGCCCCGGUACUGUCCCAGGUGUACCUUUACGAGCUCCUCUGUCCUCACGUGCCCUCUGCCCCAGCUCUCGGCAGGCUGAUUACCUAUCCAGCGAUCACUUAGUGAUAGCUGGAAAUUGCACAAUAAUUGCUAACAAUAUAAAUUUUACUAUUAUGUAUUGAUUUAUUAAUUUGUAUAAUGGUCAUAUGUUAAUUAUAUAUAUUUUUUCCUUUAUAUUAAUACCCGUCCACUGCAUACUUUUGUUGUAAUCGUUUGUGAAUGUUACCCCUUGUGGGCUAUUGUAUUUAAAAGUCGAUGUGUAGAGGGCGCUGGCGGUGGAUAAAUGGCCACGCGCUCCGCGACCCACCUCCGUUCGAUGUCUAAUAUACGAAUUUAGAUUAACAUUUCUACAUAGACUAAUAUUAAUUAAUUUGUGAUUAUAAGAGUUUCAUGUUAUGCCUAAGGAAUAUCAUGUACUUACUUACUUAGAAUACGUUUAGUUUAGACAGAGACUGCAUAUUUUACUAUCGUAAUGUUUGCAUGUAACUUGUUUCUGUUUCCAUCUACCAUUAUCCGCUGUGAUCACUGAAUAUUGAUGAAAGAACUGAUUAAGAAGUGGCGUCUCUCUAUAUCCAUCUCUAAAAUAACAUUUCAAUUUGAUAUCAAAGCCAAGUCUGUGUUUUGAGGUUCAAUAUGAGCUAAACUUGUAAUAGACUUAAGCCAAAAUUAUUAUAAGUCUAAUUCAUUAUAGAUCAUGUACCAAUGACUUCGAGAAACUAUCAGAUCAAAAUAUUCAGCUAAGAAAUGGGUUUAAAGAAACGGCGCUUAUGAAUCGACCGCACUGACGUAACACUUUGUUGCAAUAAGAGCCAUCUAUUGUGAAAUGUAAGCGUUAAUGAUUCAUUGUCGCGUAUAGGCUCCACCGUUCUACGUUAAUAAAAUGUACUGUCUCUGGCUAAGAUAAGGAGCAUUUUGUGUAAUUCGAUUACAUUUCCACAUUGAAUCGUAGCUGAGACUGAUUUUGUUAUUAUAAAAGAACAGACAAUACGAAUAACUUGUCCUGUCAAAGCUUAUUUCUCUUGACACUGUCAUUGGAGAAUGUUAAUUAACCAACUACUACUAAAAAAAUUUUAGUGUAUUUAAAAUGCAAGUGUCCGCUUUUUUUCCAGUUUCUAGGUAUUCACAUAUUACUUCAUUUUUAAAUUGUAAUAAAGUGUUAAAUGCGAGUAUAACCCACGAACAUUGCAUUUUGUUUUACUAUUUUUUUUUAAAUUAUACAUAUAAAACAGCCAGCAUAGUAGAGAUUUGAUACAUUUAUUUAUUUCUUAUUGCAUAUCAUAACGUGGUUGGUAGAUAUCAAAACAACUUCAAUUACGGACCCUCUUAGUACAGCAAGUAGGGGAGAGGGGGACAACCUUUUUUUCACUUUAGAAAUAGUUUGAGUCUGUUACAAUAUUAUCCAAUCAUUGAAAUUGUUUCACGAUAGGUGCAUAUUUUCUGUAUUAUUAUUAUUAAUUAUUUAAGUAUUGAUGUGUGUCUAUUUAUUUUAUAAUUGUAAUUAGUAUUAUGUAAUAUAUUUUCUAUUUAUAAUUAUUCAUAUAUUGUAAAACUAAUAAAUAAAUAGUUUAAUAAUAAAAUUUCAGCGAUGUCAGUUUUAGCUAUGUCUUCAAGCAUUAUCAAUAUAAAAUUAAUUAUUUGUUUUUUAAAUAACAAAAUAAAUUCCGUUUGUCAAUCAAAUAUUCCUCAGUAGCAUAGUAAUAUUUAGUAAAUAAUAUUUUUUUUAGAUUUUUUUUAUAAAAAAAUUUUAAUUUUCUUAACUUUUUUUUAGUAUUAAGUAUUUAGUGAUUCUGGUAAUUUUAAUUAAUGGCAUAAGUAAACUUACUUUUCACU